AAAUUGAAGAGCGAAUGGGUAAAAAACAGUGAAGGCAAAAGAGAGAGAGAAAGUGAUGCAGUCCUAUUCUUUUUGCAAGUCGAAGAGAAAGAUGGGCUGGCAUCUGUCUUGCUCCUGGAAAUGACUGAUAUGAGACACACUGAGAGGUGGAUCACUGUACAGCACUGAACAAUGUUGUACCAGCUGGACAGGACUAUGGCAGUGUGUAAAUCAGCCAUGAUCAUUUUCUUCCUUCUGGGGUACUUCUUCCUCACUGAUGCCUUCAUGCACCUAUCUGGUCAGCACCUAAGGUCUCGUUUGCACAAGGAGCGACACCACAUUCGGCCAAAUAUCAUCCUUAUCCUCACUGAUGACCAAGACAUAGAGCUUGGGUCCAUGGUGGCUAUGAACAAAACACAGCAUAUAAUGAUGCAGGGAGGCGCCCAUUUCUCAAAUGCAUUUUCUACCACACCAAUGUGUUGCCCAUCUCGAUCCUCUAUUCUGACUGGCAAAUAUGUGCACAACCACCACACCUACACCAACACAGAGAACUGUUCAUCACCUUCAUGGCAAGCCUACCACGAAACUCGUACCUUUGCUGUUUACCUUAACAGUUCAGGCUAUAGGACUGCUUUCUUUGGGAAGUAUUUGAAUGAGUACAAUGGGUCCUAUGUGCCACCUGGAUGGAAGGAGUGGGUUGCCCUAGUGAAAAACGCUCGCUUUUAUAACUACACACUGUGUAGAAAUGGCGCCUUGGAGAAGCAUAACAUGGAUUAUCACAUGGACUAUAUCACUGACCUUAUUACAAACGAUAGCAUCAGCUUCUUCCGAAUGUCUAAGAGACUGUACCCCAACCGGCCUGUGAUGAUGGUGCUGAGCCAUAUUGCUCCUCACAGCCCAGAGGAUGCAGCACCUCAGUACAGUACAGCCUUUGUGAAUGCCUCCCAACACAUUACUCCGAGCUACAAUUAUGCCCCUAAUCCAGACAAGCACUGGAUAUUGCAAUACACUGGUCCUAUGAAACCUGUUCACAUGCAGUUUACCAACAUACUGCAGAGAAGGCGACUACAGACACUGCUCUCUGUAGAUGACAGUGUAGAAAAGGUGUACAAUAUGCUGGUGGAGAUGAAGGAACUGGACAACACUUACAUUAUCUACAUGUCUGACCAUGGCUACCACAUUGGCCAGUUUGGCCUCAUUAAGGGCAAUUCUAUGCCCUAUGAGUUUGAUAUUCGUGUUCCUUUUUAUAUACGAGGUCCAAAUGUGAAGGCAGGCUCGAUUAACUCCCACAUAGUUCUCAAUAUUGAUUUAGCACCCACCCUUCUUGAUAUGGCUGGAGUUGACAUUCCUAUGGACAUAGAUGGAAAAUCAAUCCUCAAGCUGCUACAGUCUGACAAACCAAUCAACAGGUUUCAGAUGAAUAAAAAGGGGAAAGUGUGGAGAGACUCUUUUCUGGUAGAGAGAGGGAAGCCUUUGCAAAAGUUGAACAAUGGAAAAGGAGACAACUGGGAGAAUUCACUGCCUAAGUAUCAGCAUGUUAGGGAGCUCUGCAGGAAAUCAGAAUAUCAGACCCCUUGUGAGCAAUAUGGGCAGAAAUGGCAGUGUGUUGUGGACUCCUUGGGUAUGCUACGACUUCAUAAGUGUAAGAGAAGAGCAGAUCGCUAUGUCCCAUAUAAUCAGGACAAAAUGACUAAAGGCUCACCACAGAAUUGUAACUGUGAGCCAGACGUGCCUUUCAAGCGGAGAAAGAUGCUGAUUAAGAAAAAGAUAAAGACAAAAAAGACUUUGUCUCAAAAUCGUUGGACCCGUUCGCUCCCAUCUCACCUGGGCAGUACUAUGUACACUUUGGAUCUGGUGGAGGGUUAUCGACCAAUUGUACCAAAAAACAUCAGUCCCAGACUGGGCAGAGAAAAGACAGAUUAUGGAGGUUUUGAAGAGCUCAGUGGAAUGGAGCCUAUAACCAACAACCUUACAAAUCACACAGCACUGAAAGUCACUUACAGGUGUUCAAUAUUGAUAAAUGACACAGUGAUGUGUGAUGGCAGAAUGUACAAAUCACUCCAGGCAUGGAAAGACCACAAACUACACAUUGAACAUGAGAUUGAGACAUUACACUCCAAAAUAAAGAGCCUUAAAGAGGUCAAAAGACAUCUGAAAAAUGCUCGUCCAAAGGAGUGUGACUGCCACCACGUUGAGCCAACAUCUAAAGGAAAAAAGCAGGGGCUACUGAAGGAACAGAAGAACAGGAAGAACCUUCAUACCAAUAGCACUUGUAAUAUAUCCGGCCUUACCUGUUUCACCUACACUAACCAGCACUGGCAGACUGCCCCCUUCUGGACAAUGGGACCAUUCUGUGCCUGUACCAGUGCCAACAAUAAUACAUACUGGUGUCUGAGGACCAUCAAUGAGACUCACAAUUUUCUGUUUUGUGAGUUUGCUACAGGAUUCCUUGAAUAUUUUGACCUCAACACGGAUCCUUAUCAGCUGAUUAAUUCAGUUAGUACACUGGAUCAUGGUUCUCUCAACCACAUGCGCCUACAACUCAUGAAACUGCAUAGCUGCAAAGGUCAAAAGGAGUGCAAUCCUGAGAGAGGGGCCAAAGAACAAAACUUCAUUAUUAAUUACAGGUCCAAUUAUCAUCAUAAGCGGCCAAUGAAGAGACCCUCAUCCAAAUCCAUGGAAAAGAUCUGGGAAGGAUGGUUGGGGUAA